AGGAAAUCAACAAAUUUCAACAAAACAACAAUCUGAAAAAUGGAAGAGGCUGUGUCUGUCAAGCACGAAGGCAAGAAUAUUGAUAUUAAGCAAGAAAAACAAGAUAAUUUAGAGAGCUAUAAGCUGGAAUAUGAUUCAGGAAGUCAAGACAGUAGUAAAAGUGGCAGCGGAGGAUAUCAACGAUGGGCGCCCAAUUUAAACGGUGUAAGGAAAAGUGCAUUUACGCCGUACAAAUCUGUCCAGUGCACUGCGCUAACUAAUUUACAAAGAGGCAAUACGCAGGCGCGAGUCCCGGAGUUACCCCAGCCAGAUUGUAGCUUACACGCUAAGGCUGGCCGCGGCGAAAUAACCCGUGACGACGUGAAACUGGAGCAGUAUGUUGACAUCGCGGAUGAGCACGGACUUACUGCCCUGCACUGGGCAGCCAGCUACGGGCAGUUAAACAGCUGCCAAGACUUAGUAUGGUGUGGUGCCAAUGUUAACAUGCGGGGUCCGGAAGGUGAGACGGCACUACACUUGGCAGCUGCGGGUGGACACCAUGAGGUUGUGAAGUUUCUUCUCAAUGAAGGAGCUGAUGCUGACAUACAAGAUGAUUCUGGUAGCACAGCGUUGAUGUAUGCAGCAGCAGCAGACUUCCCGUACACUUGUAAUGAGCUUCUCGUUCGAGGAGCUGAUCUCACUCUAACCAAUGAUUAUGACCAAGAUGCUUACACUCUGACCACUACCAAUAAUUGCAAACUGGCACAAACUGUGAUAGAGAACUUUUUGAUUGGUUGCCUCAGCAAAAUGUGAAGUAUUUACUUAUACAACUACUGCUCAUCUUAUGUUGCUCUGGACAACCAAGACAGCAGAUUCAUUUGCCUCCAGGAGUUAAAUGAAAAUACAGGGAUUUAGUUUAUAAUGUAAAUUUAUAUAUAUUUUUAAGUUCAUUAUAUACAAAUUACAACAAUGUGACCAUAAAUAAGUAUGACUCAAUUACAGACAAUAUCAAAGUC